GGUUAUGGUGUAAGGCGUAAUCACUAAGAUGGAAGGCGAUGUUGGUUUUGAGCUACGCGUUGACCCAAACAAAGAUAAAACAGCACUUAUCUCAAAGAACAACAACGAGGGAUACGGAGCUAUAAACAAUCCGCGAUUACUAAAUCCAAUAACUUUUAAGAAGAUUGAAAAAGUAUGUCGUUGCAAAGAAAACAAAGAUUGCACAUGCCAUCCAGACCAUCUAGCUGAAAAAACAGAUGGGAAAGAAUGUUGCAGCCCUGAAAACAUCGAACAAGACACGGACGCAUAUGGAGACAUCACGUUUGUUGGAUUCAAAAAAAAUACUCGAGCUAAUUAUGUCAGAUUGUCAGAUCGCACAGAUCCAGCUGAUGUCACUAAAUAUAUGCAAACUCAUUGGCAAUUUGGAGACAAGUCACAACUUCUGAUAUCAGUCCUUGGUUCACCAACAGAAUAUACUAAAGAUAAGGAAUUUGAAAAACAAUUUAAAAAGGGAUUAAUAAAGGUGGCAAGAAUGACUAGUGCGUUGGUGUUAACCGACGGAAAAAAUGCUGGAAUUACCAAAAUUGUUGGCCUGGCGUUAAGAAACAAAACUCAAAUGGAUAGCACCACGCCAGUUUACGACAGGGAAAGAAGUGUGCGCUGUAUUGGAAUUUUACCGUGGGGAAUCUUACCUAAAUCAUCGGAUCUUGUCAAACCUAAUGGAAUUAACCAUGUAAAGCUGAAUGUGAAACUUCCUAAACAGAAAUUCCUGGAUCAAAAUCACAGCUACUUUCUACUCAUAGACGACGGUUCUAAAGAUCAAUUUCAUACCGAGAUCAAGUUUAAAACAUCCUUGGAAAAGUAUAUUCUAGAAUAUGGAGUACCAGGAAGAAAAGGCAACAUGAGAAAGCAUGUCGGAGUGGCAUUAGUUAUAGGUGGUGGUCUAGAAAUUAUAAACCAAGUGAAAGAAACAGUUGAAAAUAAAAUGUCAUUGAUAAUCUUCAAGAGAACUGGUUUUGCUGCUGAAUUGCUAAUUUUUGCUUAUGAUUUGAAACCGUUAGAAAAUUGCAAUUUAAGAGAUUUACAACAGCACCAAAAAUUAAUUGAAUUAAUUGGAAAAACAUUUCCCGAUUUGUCAAUGGCAAAAACAAUCACUUGUUAUGACACUAUCAUGGAAUGCAUGCGAUACAAAACUUAUAUCACUUUGAGCAUUCUAGGUGAAGAAGAUCAUUUAGAUGAAAUGAUAUUGAAUGCUUUUCUCCAAGUAUACAAAGCUGAGACAGUGCUAAAAACAGAGGAAGAAAAGUUAAAUAGUAUUUCAAAUCAGUUGAAGUUGGCCAUUCACUGGGGUUGCUACGACAAUGUGGAAUUUCUGCUGAAGAAAUUUGAUGAGAACUUAAAGAAGAAGAAAUCGGACGAAAAGAAUAUAGACAUAAUUAUCCAAAACAUGGUUCAUGCUAUCUCGAUCUCUCGUCAUGAAGAAGCUCGUGUAUUGAUGGAGUACACAAUGGAUUUUUACGAUGGAAAUUUAAAUGGUGUCAUUACUAAGGAAACAUUGUUAUGGUUGUAUCAAAGUAAAUUAAAGAAAAAAAAGAUCAACAUUCUUCAUUUGUUGACUGAUAAAAAUGAGCUGACACUGGAAGACAUGCGAAAGGACUUUUUAGAUAUGUUAAAAGAUUUUGGAGAUAUAAAUAAUGAGGAUUUCGAAGAUGACGUUUUCAUGCAGCUUUUCUUCUACGCCAUACUCUCCAACAUGCAGUGGGUUAUUGUGUUGUUCUUAUUUUAUGGAGGUCAUGCAUUACCAAAGAUUUUGCUGGCAUAUAAGUUGUAUGGUAGCAUGAAAGAUUACUAUCUGAAUAACAAAAAUACAGAAGAAAAAUGGCUGAUCAAUCGCCUCACGUCAAAUGAAGAAUAUUUUGGAAACCUUGCAUUGGACAUGUUGGAUGAGUGUACGAAACAACAACAGUUUUUUACUAGAAGAUUGUUAUGUCAAGAGCCAGAACACUUUGGAUUUAAGUCAUGUCUUGCAUUAGCUGCAUCGACCCGCCAUAUUGAUUUUGUAUCACAUGACACGUGUCAAUUAAUGUUGACCGAACACUGGUGGUGCGGGAGAAUUGUAACCAAAGGAGAUUCCUGGUUUAUUCAUGGACUCAAGGUCUUUUUAUGCCUCCUACCACCCUGCUUUCUCUUUCUACAAUACAAAACUCGAGAAAUGGAGAAAGUAGAAGGAAAAACCACGUUAGAAUACGAAUCCAAUCAACUUCAUUCUCAUCUCAAGGGUUCCGUGAAAGAAGAAAAAACACGAUCCGAGAGCAUAAAAGAAACAGUCAAAGAGAUCUAUUACAAGGGAAAAUAUUUUUAUGAUGCUCCGAUAACAAAAUGCGCCUCUAACGUGCUUUCCUACUUCUUGUUUGUGGGAUUCUUCGCCUUUGUCGUGACACAUCAGUUGAAAGAUAAAGUUGCAGUUCCGGAAUGGAUUGUUGCUUUCUACAUUCUAGCCUUCAUCAUUGAAGAAUUUCGACAGAUUGUCCAAGCUCCCGUUGGAAGAACAUACUACCAAAAGUUUAAAAAUUACUUUUCAUCAUUCGAGAACAUGUUGGAUGUUUUUGCCUUAGCACUUUUCAUCGGCGCAUUUGCUCUACGAAUGUACACCGACAAAUUGAUUGAAGCACACGUGUUGUACGCUGUUGAUAUUUUUUUCUGGAUUAUAAGGCUAUUGAGUGUAUUCGCAAUUAGUCCUGAAUUAGGACCGUAUGUGGAAAUGAUCAGAAGAAUGGUCACGGAUUUGCUGUAUUUCGUGUUCGUGUUAGCGGUAUUUUUAUUAGCAUAUGGCAUUGCACGAUUUGCUAUUUUAUCUCCAAUGAACGACUCAACUUUUACUGCUGCGACAGCUAUUUUCUCAGUACCAUAUAAACAAAUGUAUGCAGAUGCUAUGGACGAAGUAGGGCUUAAUGCGCCAGCCAAUUUAACCGUAUUUAACACAAGUUAUUCAACUGUGGUUGCACCAGUAGCUAAAAUUCUGAUGGCUGGAUACACUUUACUAGCAGCUGUUUUGUUGAUGAAUCUUUUAAUUGCUAGAUUUAGUUAUGUAUAUGAUGGCGUGCAAGUUGAUUCUAAGAAAAUUUGGAAAUUCAAUCGAUACUUCAUUAUGCAAGAAUAUCAAACGCGUUCCGCAGUACCUAUGCCGUUUUCAAUUAUUCCAAAUAUUUACGAAAUAGUUAAAACCUUGAUAUUUAGUUCAACGUGCUGCCCUCAUUCGUUGUUUAAUGAUAUAACAGAAGAUGAAAAAAGUGAGCUGGCUGGAUUUGAACGAGAAUGUUUGGCACUUUGUACUGCAAAGGAUAUUUCUAUAAACAGAAAAAGUAAACAUGAAACACUUAAAAAGCUUGAUGCGAAAAAUAAAGAAGCACUGAAUCUUCCUUCAAGAUUAGAAUCACUCGAAGAUGAUAUAAGAACACUUUUAAUGCAAGAUCAUGACAGACUUGGAAGAGAAAGAGCGUUAACCAAAUGUGACUUCGACUCCAAUCUCAAAGCAGAUGUUCAUUAUCCAUUAACAGCUACAAAAAGAUUUUUUGUUACCCCUCAGAACGUGUCAUGGAAUGUGGAAUUUCCAGAAUACGCACCUAACAAUGUGCGAGCUUUCUUUCCAUCAGAUGAUGAUAAUGACAAUACAACUGAUCGACCACGUAACCCACUUGGAAGAUCAGGCUUAGUUGGAAAGGGCUUACUUAAAACAUUCGGUUCAAACGAAAUUGUGGAAACGAUUGUGACAAGAUGGAAACCAGGUUUGACUGGUAUCGAACUUGGGGCAAAUGGUUUGAAAAUCCUACAAGUUCUUGUCAUCAAAGAAAUCAAGUCUGGUACCAUAAAUAUUCCGAUCGGUCCGGUAACAAAAUGCGAGUCUCAUAAAAGUGAAGAGCUGAUACCACCUAUCUUAAGUACGCUCUUUCACAUCGACAUUCUAAAUGACGAAAACUUACGACUUGAUGAUGAGAGAAAAAGAUAUUAUACAGAAAAAUGUGAAGAAAUACUUUCUAAAAAGGAAAAGUUGUACGACGGUGCAAUUGAAGAUCCACGAAACACGGAUGACGCAUGGAUAGAGAGUGUUGUCAUCAAUUACCAUGAUCAAGAUGGGAGAGUGAUUUCAAAGUAUUUGGAAAGUAAAUAUGCGUCAGAUCUGCACUUGGAAUGGAUGGAUAUUUCUUCCAAAAUCCCACUUAGUUGGAGAUAUUACGAUUAUUUGAAAAAAAUUGCUUUGCGCUGCAAUGCACAGUUUUGAAUUUAGAUACUUGCAAAUAAUUGUCUUGUUUGUUAGCUAGUUUUUAGACGUAGUAAUAUUCACGAAUUAUGUUUCCGGUUUUCUUUUUGCUUUUUACGCGUUAAAAAAAUCUUUGUGAAUGAAGUAUAUACAAAUGCGCGAGAAUUAAUUUUAGCGAAAAUAAGGACAGAUAAGAUUGGUUAAUGAUUUAGAUGCUGUUAGAAAGCGUAUUACAAUGGAUGUAAUAAUUGUCUUGUUGUUAGCUAGUUUUUAGACGUAGUAAUAUUCACGAAUUAUGAUUCCGGUUUUCUUUUUGCUUUUUUCGCGUUAAAAAAAUCUUUGUGAAUGAAGUAUAUACAAAUGCGCGAGAAUUAAUUUUAGCGAAAAUAAGGACAGAUAAGAUUGGUUAAUGAUUUAGAUGCUGUUAGAAAGCGUAUUACAAUGGAUGUAAUAAUUGUCUUGUUUGUUAGAUAGUUUUUAGACGUAGUAAUAUUCACGAAUUAUGAUUCCGGUUUUCUUUUUGCUUUUUUCGCGUUAAAAAAAUCUUUGUGAAUGAAGUAUAUACAAAUGCGCGAGAAUUAAUUUUAGCGAAAAUAAGGACAGAUAAGAUUGAUAAUUGUCUUGUUUGUUAGAUAGUUUUUAGACGUAGUAAUAUUCACGAAUUAUGAUUCCGGUUUUCUUUUUGCUUCUUUCGCGUUAAAAAAAUCUUUGUGAAUGAAGUAUAUACAAAUGCGCGAGAAUUAUUUUUAGCGAAAAUAAGGACAGAUAAGAUUGGUUAAUGAUUUAGAUGCUGUUAGAAAGCGUAUUACAAUGGAUGUAAAAUGUUAAGUAGAAAACUUUUGCGUGCGUGUUUUGCGAUUUUACAUUUCUAUAACAAAGUUUCUCUGGACAAUUUAAUAAUUUCAAAUAGAUUUGGCGAUUCUCGUAUAUGGUUGUCUUCUGUGUUUUUGUGAAAUGUAUUUCUGCGUACCACAUUGGUAAACCGAAAAAUUUCACAAAUUCGCAAAAAUUAAUUCCCGUGAAAAUUCUCUUAAGGUAUCUCUGGAAACGGAAUAACAAUUUACGCUUAGGAAGAUUUUAACUUUUUGUUCCGAACUUCGUAUAGAGCUAUGAUGACGUGCAAGUAUAUUCAUAGUAAUUUGUAAUUAUUCCUGUAGAGAAUUAUUAGAACUUCGAUUUGUUUUCUUUUUGAGAA